AUGAAAACACGUGUUGAUAUCCUAGUUUUUGGUGCGACGGGUUUCACAGGGAAAUUUACUGUACGACAGUUGGCUCUUUUAACAAAGGAGAAGUACUUAGAUGUCACAUGGGGUAUUGCAGGACGUUCAAAGGAAAAACUAGAAAAUUUGGUGAGAGACAUACGUAAUACAGGUCUUGAUAUUAAGAACGUACCGGUCAUAGAAUGUGACGUUGACAAUGAAGAAUCUUUAAAGAACAUGACGAGGGUUACCAAAGUUGUUAUAAAUUGUACAGGCGUCAAUAUUAUCCUAAGCCCAAAGAUCGUAAAAAGGUUGUAUCGAAACAAGAACGCAUUACGUCGACAUAUCGUCCGAAAUAUUUCAUAUUCUAAGCCUAUACCGUAG